AUGGCCGGAGGUGUGAUGCAGCCCAAAUACGAAGAAUGCCGGUUUACGAAGAUGGGGAAGGAAUACAGAGAACCAGCGGAAUGCAAACGCACGAAUGGCGGACGGGAGUACUUGGGGUUGAAGAACGUGACACGGACGGGGAAGAAGUGCCAGCCCUGGCUGAGCCAAACGCCUAAUGAACAUUCGACAAUAUGGUACCUGCCGGCAUUUCCUGAUCCUGGCAUGGACAGCCAUCACAACUACUGUCGGAAUCCGGAUUUAAAUAAGUUGGGUCCCUGGUGUUACAACGGGGAGGGCACCGAUCCUGAAUGGGAAUAUUGCGACAUUCAGCUU